UAAGGAAGUAUAUAACCCCCCUUGCGCUUGCUUUGUCUUGGGUCUGAGGGAGUCUGCCUGUGCUUCCAUCUGCGGCUGGUCGCGUAUAUAAGCUAGCCAGCAAGCAAGCCACGAGGGAGCGAGGAGGGAGCCAGGAUUCUCACAACACCACCCGAUUUGCACCCUCGUGUGGUGCUGUGUUUUUUGUGAAUAGAUUGACCCCCAGAGCUUCGUAUUGCUGCUGCUGCGGCGUGCUGAACAAGGCACACCAACUUUGAAUCCCACCUACGAGUGGAGAAAAGUUGCGAGGGGAGUUGUUGCUAAAAAGCCCAGGAGGAGAGGGGAUGGCUGAACUGGUGUUGGAGGGCAGCCAGCCUGUGGACCUUGCCAAGCACCCCUCCGGGAUUGUUCCUACUCUGCAGAACAUCGUUUCGACUGUGAAUAUGGAUUGCCGCUUGGAAUUGAAGACUAUUGCUCUACACGCCCGAAAUGCUGAAUAUAAUCCCAAGCGUUUUGCAGCUGUUAUCAUGCGAAUCAGGGAGCCUAAAACAACUGCUCUUAUUUUUGCAUCCGGUAAAAUGGUGUGCACGGGUGCCAAAAGCGAGCAACAGUCAAAAUUGGCUGCAAGAAAGUAUGCUCGAAUCAUUCAAAAGCUUGGUUUUCCAGCCCAAUUCAAGGAUUUUAAAAUUCAGAAUAUUGUUGGUUCAUGUGACGUCAAAUUCCCUAUCCGACUCGAAGGUUUAGCUUACGCUCACGGUCACUUUUCAAGUUAUGAGCCAGAAUUGUUCCCAGGAUUGAUAUACAGGAUGAAGCAGCCAAAAAUUGUGUUACUGAUCUUCGUGUCCGGAAAGAUUGUCCUUACCGGUGCCAAGGUGAGGGACGAGAUUUACGAGGCUUUUGAGAAUAUUUAUCCCGUGUUGACAGAGUUUAGGAAGAUCCAACAGUGAUGACGAGAAUUGAUCUGGUGGUUGGGGUGACCUAGUGAUUGGCUUCACAUGAAGAAAUUGUUGAGUCCUUUUCCUGAACUUUUCCUGCACCCAUUCGCACUCGAGAGCAGUCAUUUUGUUGCAGCUUCAGCCCGUGGUUUAUCUCUCGCGUGGUUUUUUUUUGUCUUCAUAACCGUGGGGGGAGAAAAGAAGAAGAGGUCAAAGGGGAAAAGGAAAAAAGAUCGUUUCUAGAUUUGCUCGUUGGUGCAAAACUGUUCCAUCGAGAUAAAACUACUCAGAUCUAUCUACUUUGCAAUCUGACUCUCAUGGGGUGCAUGAUUCUGUAGAUUUGUUGCAUGCAGGCCUUCCACCAAGGCUUAUUUGCGGCAGGACAUGUAUGGACAUUAGUCUUAGAAUACAUUGGGUGAAGUCCAUCUUUGGAAGGAAGAGCACAUGGCUAGUGGUGCUCAGUUUAAAUCACUACAGAUGACAUCUUCGUGAGCGAAAGGCUGCAAAGGCAAUAGACAUAAUUUUCAAGGUUUGAGAGGGAACGAUGAUCACCAGAGGCUGAACUCUGUUGCACCAUUCAUCAUACUAUUUAUUAACAUUGUGGAAUUGGAAGUACUUCACACAGACAAUUCUGAGCCCGUGUGGUUCGUAGCUCUCCAGUUAUUUGUACUUUUUGUACUCAAAUUUAUUACCCGUCAAAUUUCUCACUU